UCCUAAUCAGGUAAGAGAACGCAGUAUUUUGAACCUGCAACGUAUGGAGAGCCAUUUCCUUUAGGUUAUUUUCUUCAAACUAAAAUAUUCUGCUUAUUUUGGCUGUACAAUGGCUAGCACUUCUUUGGGCGCAAUAUUGCUAUUAUUUGCCUGUUCCUUCUACAGCAAUCUACACUGUUCAUUAUCAGUUUUUAGGAGAAAAUCUGACGCAACUCAGUUCCUGAGGAUUCACAAACGUGCCAAUCAGUUCUUAGAGGAGAUUCGCACAGGAAACCUGGAAAGAGAAUGCAUUGAAGAAAAGUGUUCAUUUGAGGAGGCCAAGGAGAUUUUUAAAUCACAGGAAAAAACGAUGGAGUUCUGGUUUGAUUACAAAGAUUUAACUCCUUGUAAAGAGAACACAUGUAAGAACGGUGGAGUCUGCAAAGUGAAACACUACCUUCAUUCCUGCACUUGUCCCCCAAGAUUUGGAGGGAGUCACUGUGAAAUAGAGAAAGUUCAUUGUUGGUACAAGAAUGGUGGCUGCUGGCAAUACUGCCAAGAUACUGAACAGUCGCUUCGUGUAAUCUGCUCCUGUGCCUUGGGAUACACCCUAAAUGAAGAUGGGAAGGGGUGCACGCCAGCAGACCAUUUUCCCUGUGGGCUGAUGAAAAAAUCGACACGUUCUCUUGAGGAUGGAUCAACAGAACACGGUCCAAUUAAUAUUUGGGAUACUAUUGGGUUGAAUGAAACAAUGGCUGAGGAAAACCUUGGCAGUAAGAAUCAAACCUCAGCUCAGGCCUUCUCAGUGAAUUUUAACCAGACAACUGUACAAGGAAGGACAGAGGAAGAAGAUGUGGAAGAGAUAUGGGGAAACUUCACAGAAGGAGAUGUCCAAAGCUGGCUAAACUUCAACUCCACAGACACUGAAGAUACUCCCAGAGUAGUUGGAGGCAGUUUCUGUCGCCCAGGAGAUUGUCCUUGGCAGGUACUCAUCCAAAAUAAAAGAGGAUACGGUUUUUGUGGAGGCAGCUUAAUCAGCAGCCAGUGGGUGCUCACUGCAGCACACUGCCUUGAUCUUGUUAAUCCACAUCAAGUUACUGUAGGAGACUUUGACAAAUAUCAAAGAGAACAGGAUGAACAAAAAGUGAAAGUGCGGCAAUUCUGGAAGCAUCCUCAGUAUGAUUCAACUAACUAUAACAAUGACAUUGCAUUGAUCCGCCUGACCAGUGAUGUUGUUUUCACCCAGCACGUCUUCCCCAUCUGCCUCCCCAGCUCUAAUCUGGCUAGUUUGCUGAUUGAAGAACAAAGUCAGGGGAUGGUUAGUGGAUGGGGUGCUACUCAUGCAAAGGGAAAGUUAACUCGCUUCCUCAUGAAAGUCAAGCUGCCUCUCGUGAGCAUGGACACUUGCAGGCAAUCAACAGAGAAGCCCAUUACUGACAACAUGUUCUGUGCUGGCUAUGCCGAAGAAGGCCGGGAUGCUUGCGAAGGAGACAGCGGAGGACCUUUUGCUGCAGCUUAUCGCAAUACUUGGUAUCUCCUGGGGAUUGUCAGCUGGGGAGAGGGCUGUGCUGAAGUGGGAAAAUAUGGUGUCUACACCAGGGUAUCCAACUACAUUCCGUGGAUAAAAGAAGUUAUUGAAAGUGAGACUGAUUCUACGGGAUUUUUACGGUCUGUGAAAUGAAAGCUGAUUUGUAUAAAAUAAUUGUAUUUCCACA